UCAAUAAAUUCUAGGUCUCACUAGGUCAGGGAUCAUUUGGCAAUGCAUCGUUCCAUUUAUCAGAACACACUGCCCACUGUCACCACACACACACACACACACACACACACACACGAGAUCUCCUGUAUCCCAGUUCUAAGACCCUGGAACCAGCAUGCAGUCUCAGGUCUGGGACAGGGUUAGUUUCCGUCGUGUUGUUGCACUGUGUGAUUUUAGUCCCCGGCUGUAGGUCUUUCACAGGUGGGAGACGCUCUAAUGCCUUCAUCGACCAAGAGCUCCCUGAGGACCUCCCGCUGCUUUCAUAUGGAAAUCGAGCCCUGUUUCAUUAGCUGAUCUUUCAAUUCAGGGAAUGAUCCGGGCACAGAGACCUGACCAUCUGCCAGCUGGACGAAACCAUAAAAUUAACAAAAGAAGUGAGACACUGAACGUCUGUCAAGAAUAUUUGACUGAAAAUAAAUGUGUUAUUAUUUUUCCCAUUGGUCACAAAAUGCCACAGUUUAACGCGACAGUGUUAGUGUUUGCGAAGUGUUGUGCUGGAAGAAAGGUGCGAGACAAUUUCAUUUAGUCAUUGUGGCUCCCCUUCAUCAACUCAAUAGUUGACGACUAUUUGCCAGCUGUCCCAGGCACUCGCCUCUUGUUUAGCGCUAUUGUCUCGUCUAUUCACGCUCCCAGCAGCCUACUGCAUCAGAAAGCGUGUGUAUUCACCGAGACUGGGACUCAGAAAGUCUCAUGAUUAGGGGUAGUGCAGAGAAGAGACAAAUAUCUUAUCUUAUUAUAUACAAAAAUGCAUUUCACCUAUCCAUAAUAGUAUUUCAGAAUGAAUCAAAGCUAAGUAGGGUUUUAAAAUAGUAAGUCAAUUAUCAGCAAGAUGUGCGUAUUUUACUCGACUCCCCCCUACUUGGGAUUGAAAUAGUACGACCCAGAGGCAGCCGGACUCUCUCUUUGAUUAGUUCCAGCAUCUUCAUCAGCAGUUCACAGCCGUCUACCUGUGCGCUAAGGUUUGCGCGUGCGCGUAGGGGGCCUGCUGAGUGCCUGGACUCAUGGAUUGAAAAGUUGAUAAGCUCAUUUCCAGACACAUCUCAGAGCAAAAAUUCAAAAGAGACUCUGGAACAGUUUACAUAUGAAAACAGGAAACAUGGACUGCAAGGAAGAAAUGAGUGACUCAGACAGCGGGAUCAUCUUAAAUUCUGGUCCAGACAGUCCUACAUCUCCUGUGAAGGACAUCAGCUCUCACACACGGGCCAUGAAGCUUAAGCACCAGGCUCUGGAGGACAAACUGGAGCUGUGCUUUCUGGAGCUCAAGAAACUGUGCAUCAGAGAGGCAGAACUUACUGGAAAGCUGUCACCUGACUAUCCUUUGCUGCCAAAUGAGAAAGCACCACAAAUCAGGAGACGUGUCGGAGCAUCCUUUAAACUGGAUGAAGGGUUGCUUCCGCAUGGAGAUGGACAGAAAUCAGAGUUGCAUUCACUUGAGGCUGAUUUGGCCCUCCAGAGGCAGAUAUAUGAAGCAGCUCGGAGGCUGUCUCUUGAGGAACACAUCAGCAAGCCUGUGAGGAAGAGCCGACAGCAGCAAUGUAAACGUGAGGAAAAGAAAGUAAAGGAGCUACAGGAAGCCGUUUCAAAACACUGCAUUAAUUACGGACGUGUUUCUACAAAGACCUGCCAUUCCUCCAGGCAGAGUGACUUGUGCAUAUCUGAUGACAGCUCACUGUCUGAUGCCGCUGCCCACGAUGAUGAUAUAGAACCAGGCCCAAUGUCCCCAGUGAAUGGUUUCCAGCAUGUGCUGAACCUCUCGCCUUGUCAUGGAGCAAAACACGCCAGUUCUAGCUCCAGCCUGGAAUAUGAGCGCUCUCCUAUCCAAAACAUGCCAUGGAGAGAAUCCAGUCUAGAUCAGCCAUAUCAGAAACAGAAGAAGCUUCCUUCUGCAAACAGCAGCAGGUCGAGCAGUCCAACAGGAACUUCAGUAGACCUGAGAUUCAAUGACAUUCCUCCUGCUCCCCAGUUUGUGUUCAAAAGCCUGGCAAUGCGCAACAACAACUCCAACAGCGCCCCCUCCACCCCGGAGCUGCCACUGCGUCGCCACCUCUCCCAGUCAUUCAGGUUUCCCCGAGCCAAGCCUGAAGUAAGCAAACCGAGUUUAGACCUGAGUCGUGGAAGGACUAAGCUCCCUCGUCGUCACGUCACUGACUUUGCCUUGGUUUACUCAGUGCAGCGUCUGUAUCAGUGCAGCUCAGAGGACAGCAGCUCAGAGCACUCCAUAUCCUCCUACAGCAGCUCGUCCAGCCAUGAGUUAACAUCUGAGGCGAACAAAGCCUGCCCACCUCCUUACAGUCUCCACCACACCACUCAAAACAACUCCCAGGGUCAGCGCUCAACUAACCCCAUGCUUGCCAAAAACAAUCAUACUGUCCACAAACAAAUAAACAAAUCAGCUGUGAGCAGCCCCUGUCAAAAUAAUAGCCAGGACCGGAUUCUUCCAGAGAGAGAGAUAAAAAAGCUGAAUAUAACAAUGACCACCACAAAGACUAAUAAUCAGCAAGUAGAGGUAAGUUCACCUAAGCGUGUACUUAAACCCCCUCCACCGUACCACAGGCUGGGCCGCACACCUUCACUGAAGGAGUAUCCUAAUCAUCCUAGCAGGCUACUUCCUCGAGAUGUUGUCUCAAAUGACCUCAGGGCAUGGCAUGAGAGGAACAGUGUUAGAGAAAUUAAGUUUCGGCCAUUGGAGAGACACGGAUCGAUGCGUGUUAAACGCUCACCAGAUCAAGAGCCGCCAUCCUACUACCAGACCCAGUCUCAGAGACAGACUUCUCAGAAAGUGAUCUUACAGCGAGCUCCUGACGGAACUCCUCUGCAGUGGUAUGAAGAAGAAGAGCAUGAGAUUGUAAGCCAGGUCUAGACCACAGUCAGCUGGAAUGCAGACACCUCGUUAACCAUCUUUCUUUUAUAUGUUUUAAUAAAUUUUUUUAAAUCUA